GAAACUGCACGGACGCGACAGGUCAGGAGGCGGCGAUAGGUAUGGCUGGCGGUGGCGCCGCCGCGUCGGCUCUCUCGAGCCCCUGGAGGAUGCUGCUGCAGCGAGCGCUGGACGCCAAUGCCCAUCUGAAGCACUCCACCUUCUUCCAGCUUGCCACGGUGGGAGAAGGCGGCAGGCCGGCGAAUCGGACCGUCGUAUUCAGGGGGUUCCAGGAACACUGUGACAAGAUUCAGAUUCAUACAGAUGCGCGGAGUAACAAGGUUGGUGAGCUCAAGGAGUGGCCCCUUGGUGAGAUAUGCUGGUAUUUCACUGAUUCGUGGGAACAGUUCCGUAUCAGCGGUAUCGUAGAUGUGAUUGAUGGUUCCAGCUCAGACCCUGCCAAGCUCCAGCGAGAGAAAACUUGGUUUGCUAGUUCAAUGAAGACAAGAUCGCAAUACUUAGGAGAGCCAUGGCCAGGGGUUCCCGUCGCAGAGGAUGAUCUCGAUCCAUCGACUGGCCCAGUUGACGCCUAUUGUCUUCUGACCCUUGAUCCAGAAAAGGUUGAUUAUGUGAACCUGAAAAGUAAUCAGAAGCUGAUGUUCAGAAGAACCCAGGAAGGAGAUCAUUCCAGUGACUGGAUUGCUGAAAAAGCUAGCCUCUAAUGGUGUUCUUUUUAGAUAGGGGGAAAAUAAAUGUGGUAUUGACUGCCACUAUUUUUAGUUGUGGAUUGUUCAUGGCAAGGAAUUGUCUUCAUUGUUCAUUUCCUUUCUAGACUGUCGUAAUGUAUAUUUGGCAGAGCAUCUGAGAGUCGAGGUAUGUACUUUAUCUGCAUGACAUUUCGUUGUGAACAUACAAGAUGGCCCUAAUUAUUAUUGAAGUUCACCGCUAA